AAUCAGCGUUCCACAAGAAAACAAAUAGUCAAUGGCAAUGAAGGGAAAUUGUCAGUUAUAGCCUACCACACUUUUAGUUAGGGAACAAUAUACGGAUCUGCUCUUCGACAUUUUAGGUAUGGAUCAUAUUUCUCACAAGCAGGGAUGAGCAGACUACGCUUGCCACAUUUCUUGCGAUAUUUUCUUCUUUGAAAUACUCAGCCCAAGCCUACACACACAUCAACACUCACAACAGCAUAAAUCGUCCAUUGCAUCCAAGUUGGUCAAGACAAAAGAAGCGGAAUGUGCCCGGGGCGGUUUGUCCGCACGACAGCAGAGGGCUGAGUUCAACUCCACCAGACUCCCACAGGACACUCCUACCGACAUUACAGCUCUGAUACACGCUUAAAUCCGACAUUUACAACGGAAACAGCCAUCAUAUUAAUGAAACUAAUCUAUCUGCAAUACUGGUAUAUCUUUUCUCAGACAGAUGCUGAGUAUUUGGACCCUCCUUGCAACUGCUAUUUGUGCAGUGUCAGUCUCUGCGAUAUCUCAGAGGCUUGUAAUCCACGGCCAUAAGUUAACUCUGGAUCUUCCUGAGAGGACAAAGUGGUUGAAGUUUGUUAGUGCUGAUGAGAGUGAAGAACUUACUAUCUGGGAACACAAAAGCUUUUCUUUCCGGCCAAAUAAACCCAGUAAAGGCGAAGUGAGCAGCGCCACUGAGGGCUGGACGUUCAGAAUCAGACAUGUUACGUUUGAUGAUCAGGGAAGCUACACCCUGUACAAUCACUUUGGUUCAACCAUCUCAAGUUAUAUAGUGACGGUCAAGACCAGCAGAGAAGUCAUUGAUUGUAUCGCAGGUGAAACUCUGAGCAUAUCUCUAGCAGGACUCAAGCAGAGUGAUGCCACACUGCACUUUUACAGCAAUUAUUCAUCUGUCACCCUGUUGGAGAAUGGCGUUCCUGUGGGACGGAACCUCCCAGACUACAUAAACCGGCUUAAAGUGAACAGCGAAACCAUUCAGAUUCUCAAUGUAAAUACAUCAGAUUUAGGCAGAUACGAGCUCACUGAUCUCGAAGGAAGACUCGUCUCAAACAAUACAAUGAUACUAGUGGAUCAACAUGACUUUGCCCCUAAUAAAGGUCUAAUAGCUCUACUGCUGCUUGGGAUUCCUGGAGGAAUCUGCUUCUGCUGCAGAAAGAGAAUCUGCAAAAGGUGUCGGACAUCUAAAUCAUACACACAAACAGGGCAGUCCAACACCGAACCAGUGUCUAUACCUUGCAGCAACACUGUGACUGUUCCUGUUGGUCCUGGAGAUCCUGGCCAGGGCUACAACGCUGGUUAUCCGCCUCAUCCAGAUCAAGGUCAGAUUCAUUAUCCUUAUCCACCAGAGUCGAGCGGACAACCUGCUGUUCCUCCUAACCAUGGCUUUUAUCCUGAGUAUGUGCCUCAAAACCCUGUCUAUCCUCCUGACUUUGGACCUGGACUUCCCCCUGCUCAGCCGCCCCCGUGGAAUGCCCCUCCGCCCCAGUAUAACCCUUCUGCACCUGUGAACUAUACGCCAGUAAUGAACAGUGCUCCUCCUGGGCCUGAACCCACAGGGAUGAAUAUGAAUGAAUUGCCGCCAACUGCACCACUGCUCACACCUCAGCCUGAGUCGCAGCCGUCUGUUAUGAGCAGCAUUUCCACGGAUAUCCUUAACUCCAGUGACUCUGGUGUCCAGUUUGACAUUAACAAAGGAAAGUCUUCUGGCAGCAACUUUCUGUAGUUGCUCCAAAAUCCUGAAUUAUCACUGCAAGGGAUAUAGAAACAAACACUUAGCUGUUCAAUACACUCAUGCAAAAUCCAAGCCUUAAAAAGAAGAAUACUCUUGUAGUCCUGAGAACUAAUAGGACCUUAAAACUACUACUUCAGUAGUUUAGAAUGAGACAUAUUCUUUCAGGACUCAGUCUAGUUUAAGUGCAAUAGAAGGAUAUUACAAUUAAUAUUUAAAAAAAAUAUUACAUACUGUACCUCAAAUCCCUGUUAACACUCUUUUCCAAUGAAAAAAAAAAGCUUUCAAAUAAGUGUCUUUUUUCUUACUUCAUGUCACUCUCUUGCUGCUCUAGUAGCAGUAGAAAAAGCUGUUGAAUCAUACCAAU